AUGAAGUCGUUAGUCCUAGCUGUCCUACUGUUAAGUGUAACGCUAUUCGGAACUACUUCCGCUAAACGUAAAAUUCAGUGUCGUUUGUUCCAACCGGGUGUGGAAUCCACCACGGUGGCAUCACCUGCCUCUGGUCCUGCGAUCUUGAAUAGUGCCGAUUUCGAGACAAUCAUGCUGAAGCUGGAUGCUCUGGACUAUCGAGUGGUCAAGGCGGAAUUUUCCCUGCAGAGUACGAUUCGCACGAUCGCUGACGACGUGGAUAAUCUGGGACAGGUUGUCGAGAAACUAGCCUGGGUGGUGAGCCAGACUGAGCUGUCCGGUAGUUUUGUGGAGCAUCACGUGAAGCUGAUUGAAUACAAUUUGACAACGAUGCAGAAAGAUGUGAGGGAAAUGUUGAGUGUUCAGCAACGAUUGCCGACGAGGACGUUUAUCGAAAAUGCAUUGGUUAAAUUGAAGUUCCACACCAACGAGUCUAUCACUGAAGAUGGUGAAAAUCCCAUUCCGACGAAGAUGGUCGAAAAUAUGAUGAUGGACGAGCAAAUGUUCGAGUACUGUGAUCAGUUGCCGGACAACAAAAUUUCUGGAGUGUACACGAUCAUACCGGAUGGGGACUUCCGGGAGCCAAUGCGGGUGUAUUGCAAUCUAUCGUACACGGACGGGGGAUGGACGGUGGUUCAGAGGCGAUUCAAUGGGACGGUGAACUUCUACCGGGAAUAUGAAGAGUACGUGCGAGGAUUUGGGAAACUGGAUGGCGGUGAGUUUUGGUUGGGUCUGGAACGGAUUCAUCGGUUGACGUACUCGGCUGCACAUGAACUGGUCGUAGUUCUGGAAGACUGGGAAGGUGAAUCCAGGUAUGCGUGGUACGAAAACUUUGAAAUAGCCGGGGAGUUUGACCAUUUCAAGGUUACAAAGCUGGACGGUUAUAAGGGUGACGCUGGAGAUUCGCUAAAUUACACGCUGAAUGCUGCGUUUUCAACUUUUGACCAGGAUCAUGAUACCAAUGAGCAGAACAACUGUGCAGUCAAGUACCAUGGGGCGUGGUGGUAUAAGGCUUGCCAUUCAAGUAACUUGAAUGGAAAAUACCUCCGUGGCAAUACGACGGAGUUCGGUUCCGGAAUGAACUGGGAAACGUUCCAUGGGAUGAGCUAUGCUUUGAAAUCUUCCACGAUGAUGAUUCGUAGGCGGCGGGAUAUGAUUCCCGAGGAAACGUUCCAGGAUUUUUUCCUGUAUGAGGACAGAUCCCGGCUGGAGGUGGAGCAGAAUGAACACACAGAAUCACUGAAUAAUGCCAUCUAUACUGAGGAGAAGUUUGUUCCUGAAUAA